AUGGUCAACUUCGCUUCCAUCCUUAGCGGCGCCGUUGCAGCGUCCUCGCUGAUUGGCUGCGCGGUCGCCCACCCAGGCGAGAAGCACGACAUGGCGCACGUCAAGCGCCAGAUCGAUGCUCGUCAGCUCCGCGCUGCAGCUGCCAAGCGCUCCCUCGAAAGCUGCCAGGACUCGCUCCAGCACCGCUCGCUGAUGCAGCGAUCGCAUGCCAGGCGUUCGGAGGCUCUUAGCGCCCUUCGUCAGAAGCGCGGCAUCAACGGUAACUCCAAGAAGUUCCGCCGUGAUCUUGCUCUCCUUCAGGAGUUCGAGGCCAUCAACCACAACCAGACUGGUGUCCUCGACUACUCCCCCAACACCGAUGUCUCGACCAUCUUCGCGGCCAACACCUCUUGCAUUCUUACACCUGAAGUCACUGACGGACCUUACUAUGUCAAUGGCGAGCUCAUCCGCAAGGACGUCAAGGAAGGCCAGCAAGGUAUCGACUUGUAUCUUGAGGUCCAGUAUGUCGAUAUCACCACCUGUCAGCCUGUGCCUGAGCUGUUCGUCGACGUCUGGAACUGCAAUGCCACUGGUUACUACAGUGGUGUCGAGUCAGGCCAGGGUGGUCUGAACACCACCUUCCUUCGCGGUAUCCAAGAAACCGAUGAGGACGGUGUCGUAGCUUUCGAGACCAUCUUCCCUGGUCACUACGACGGACGUGCCAUUCACACCCAUCUUCUCACCAAAUCCAACGUUACAGUCCGUGAGAACCAGACUACUCAAGACGGUGCCGUCACCCACAUCGGUCAGCUCUUCUGGCCUGAAGAGCUCAGGUCCGAGGUCGAGGCCACUUCCCCGUACAACGAGAACACCCAGGCUAUUACCUCCAACGAUGAUGACAUGUGGAGCAUCGUCCAGGCUGAGAACGACUACGACCCGUUGCCGCAGUUUGUCUACGUUGGUGGCGACAUCACCGAUGGUCUCUUUGCUUGGAUCCAGAUUGGCGUGAAUGCUUCUGCCGAUUACACCGAUGAUGACUACUACAACGUUGCUGCUACCUACCAGGCCGGCGGCGGUGUUGCGAACGCUGACUCUGGCAUGGUCGGUGGCGGUGGUGCUGGUGGUAACGGCACUAUGGGCGGCAACGGUACGACGCCCAGUGGCUCGCCUCCUUCCGGCGCGAUUCCCUCCUCUACCGCUUCUGCUUAA